CAGCAGGUCAAUCUGCGCGAAGACUUCGCCAAGCACUCGAAGUUAGAUAAAAUCAAAAAGCUACUGCCCGUUCUGAGUCCUUCGGACCUUCACGAAUUCAUUUCUGAGUUUCGGGACGCCGACGACCCCGACCCGAGCUUCGAGCUCACGGUGGACAACUGCCAGAAGUUGCUGGCGAUGCACGUGCGGUUCUUUUGCGGCAAUCCGGUUUGCCUGUUCGGGGAAACUGGCAUCGGCAAGACGAGACUUGUGGUGUACUACGCGAAAUUGUGCGCGGCUCUGUACAGAAUCACGGUGCGGCAGCAGCGGCAGCAGCUGAUUGCGCUGGGGGUCGGCGACGCAGAGGCAGAAGAUGAAGACGUGCAAACCAACAUCAAGGUUGUGAAAGUUCAUGGUGGAACGGACAUUGCUGACGUCGAGCAGGCUGUAAUCGAAGGAAGCCGCAUGGCGAAGCAAAACUUUGAGGACAAAAAUAUCAAAACUACAGUCCUCUUUUUUGACGAGUGCAACACAAGCUACGCCGCGCUGUGGCUUUGCCAGGAGCUGAUGUGCGAUGGGACGUUUGGCGGGAGAGAGGUGCACGCAAUGAAGGAAUUCGGUCUGAAAGUGGCGAUUGCCUGCAACCCCUAUCGACGUCACUCAGCGGAACUGAUCGCGCGCAUGGCCAAGAGCGGCUUGGGGUAUCACCACUCAACAGACACGGAAGGAGCCAAGGAAGCAGGGUCUUCGUCCAGUACGAACAAUAUACCGAUCCGACAUUUGGUCUACCGGGUGCAUCCGUUGCCACCGUCGCUGCGCGUGCAUAUUUAUGACUUCGGUUCACUGUCGGAGGAGAGUGAGGCAAGUUACAUUCGGCUACUGGUCGAGCGUGGGCUGGAGAAAAUCGUCAAAGAAGGAUGCGAGCGAAAGCGAAAGCAUGUACAUAAACCUCAAGAGCUAGACAGGAUUUUGGCCUUGGGGGACCACGAAGCAGCUUGGGAACCGCCGCAGGCGCAUGCCGUUCGUCAGCCGCAAAACCAAAAGGGUUUGGGGAAAAACCAGGCACAACGCAAUGCCGAUGCCAGCCAGCGUGAUUCCGUGGAGGAGGGGGGAGUCAAUCCGUCGCGGCUCGCUAUAGUAGCCGGUGCAAGCGAUGGGGAAGCACGCGAUUCAGACAGCCAGCCUGCCUGGCUAUGUGACGCCAUUGACACCAGGCGAUUGACGAAGGAUUUCACAACUAUUCUCCGCAAGUGCCAGAAUUUUAUGAAAAGCUCAAAGACCGAGAAGUCCUUCGUGUCGUUGCGCGACGUUGAGCGCUUUCUGCACGUCUUCGAUUUCUUCUCCCACCAGCUCGAAUCCAAAGCGCUUGGUGAUCUCGUGCUGACGCAAGGACUCAGCAAGACCGACAGGGGUCGGCAACAGCUUCGCAUAGCGCUGGUCUGCGCCCUUGGCGUGUGCUACUAUCUCGCACUGGCUCCUUUGAGUCGUAGAGCUUUCUUGAAAUUGGUCGAGAAGCUCGCGCAGAGUGGGAAGCUUGAUGGUGGCGAAUUCAGAUGUUUGAUCUUCGAGACCACCCUGACAAAGGUGAUGGGCGUCUUCAUGAGCGAACUCUUCCUCAGCAGCAGCCUCGACACCAACAAGAACAUCGCGCAGAACACAGCGCUAAGCGAGAACGUGUUUCUGAUGACGAUUUGCGCCGAGCUUCGCAUCCCGCUCUUCAUCGUGGGCAAGCCCGGCACAAGCAAGUCACUGGCGCGUUCCCUUGUCGAUGACGCCAUGAAGGGGAAAUCUUCGCAGUCAGUGUUAUUCCGUACAUUGAAGCAGUGUGUCCAGGUCUCCUACCAGUGCUCGCCGCUGUCCACGUCUGAGGGCAUUCUGAAGGUGUUCCGCGACUGCGCUCGACGGCAGAGAGGAAAGGAGUUGUCCGAUUCGGUGGCGGUCGCGGUACUCGAUGAGGUCGGCCUUGCGGAGUUCAGCGACACCAUGGCGCUGAAAACGCUGCAUCCGCUGCUCGAAACCGGCUGUUCGCCAGACGGGUCUUUUGACAACGUGGAGGACUACUACAAGGUGGGCUUUUACGGCAUUUCCAAUUGGUCGCUGGAUCCGGCGAAGAUGAAUCGUGGCAUUUUAGUUUCCCGCGACGAGCCGGACGAAGCGGAGCUGCAGGAGACGGGAGCAAAGAUUCUCGGCGUGAAUGCCAACGACAGAAUGCUGGAAAAGAUUGUGACGACCUAUAGUGAAGUGUACAAGAAACAGGGACAACCGGAGAUCCACGGCCUGCGCGACUUCUAUUGCCUCCUGAAGAUGAUUGGGGCUGAGGUGGGGAAGCGAAAGUGGAGUGUGAACGCCAUUUCUUCAGCAGUUGACUCGUACAGGCAGCGGAAAGUUGGAACUGGAACUGGGAAACGCGGGGCAGCCCAAAAUGUCCUUCGGCAGGGUAAUGCACUUGCAGGAACCGCACUCACGGCCAGCGACGUGGACGUAAAUCGAUGUGUGGUGGUGUUGAGCUACUGCAUCAAGCGAAAUUUCACCACUUGUGGAAUGUCGACCAUCGACGCUGUUAAGUUGUUCCACCGGAACCUGUUCGGCGUGGACGACGUGGCCCACGAAGUCAUCGACACGCUGGAGGCAGCAAAGUGCUUCGCUGGAGGUAAGACAGAAUUUUUCUCCUCGGUAGUAUCCGUUGAUUGGACACGGUAGAUUACAGUUACAUCUCUCUAGUGAUAAAUGGCAUGUUGUUACUAAAGGUUUUUCAGAAUAGAAGAAUUUCAAUUCUCUUCAUAGUUGUCUGAUGCUCUGACUGUCUGCUUACGCUUCGACGCUAGUACUUACAGAAGCCGAUGAUAAAUUGGAUUCACAACGUUCCUCUCACAGGAGUUGCUGCGGCUGCGGUCUCCGAAAGACUGCUCUCGAGCGCUAAUGGCGGCAACAGCCCAUCCGCUCCUGCCGCUGUCGGGCAUACUGAGCACAAGUGCAGCGUGAAGGUUCUGGACAUGCUUCUCGACAAUCUCCAACACAGCGACCCGGACGGUGCUGACCCGGUGCGCUAUCCGCUGAUCGUUGCUCGCAAGGGGUUCGCAAGUCUGGACGUGCUGCAGGAGUCCCACAUUCUUGACUGCAACGGCAACAAGAACUACGAAAUCCUCUUCGGCAGUUCCUUUGCUAACGAUCACGAGUACACGAACAUCUGCCGCGCCAUCAACCGCGUGAAGCUCUGUCUCGAGAAGGGCGUGGUAUGCGUGCUCGUGAACCUGGGGAUGAUCUACGAGAGCAUUUACGACGCGUUGAAUCAGUACUAUACGUGUUGUGGCGGAAACAAAUACGUGGACCUGGGCCUUGGGACGAACCGCUUCAAGUGUCGCGUGCACAGCGACGCUCGACUGGUGAUCGUCGCAACUAAAGAAGAAAUUCUACGCGACUUCCCCGUGCCGCUGAUCAAUCGCCUGGAAAAGCAUGAGGUGAGCAUGGAGCUGGCA